GUGGUCCCUAGAGACGCCCCCCCCCCCCAGCCAAUGGAUUAAGGGCAACUCUGGUGAUCAAGGGCAAUCUUUCAUAAUAUAAUUAAUAAUUUCAACAAAGUAAUGUAUAAUAUAUACAAAAUAUUUUAUUUAAAUUAAUAAAAAUGCUGAAGUACUACGAAUGAGAAUACUUAAAAAAAUAAUAAUACAAUACAAUUAUGAACCAUAAUAAUUUAUGAUAUAAAAAGAAAUUGUUUUAUAGUUUGUUAUAUAUAUAUGUUUAUGUAUAUUUAUUAAAGUUGCAAUUUUUUAAACACAUAAAGAAUAGAUAAGCAAAUACAAAUUGGCAUUAUAUUGUAUAAAUUAACAAUACAAUUUACCAUUGAAAAACGGCGUAUACUAAUACUAUUCAUAUUGGAUUUAAAUGUUGGCCGCUAGUUUCACGCUACAGGCAGUCGUUUCGAGAGCCUCCCACAACUGUUCUAUACCUCUAGCAGUUUGGACGCGCCGCAUUCGAAAUAUAUAGAAAAAAAUUAUAAAAUGGAUACGGAACAAUUUCGCAAGCAUGGCAAGGAGAUGGUGGACUAUAUAUGUGAAUAUUUAGAGACAAUAAAACAUAGAAGAGUAACACCAACAGUAAACCCGGGCUGGUUAAAAAAUAAAAUUCCGCUGGAAGCACCUGUACAACCCGAACCAUUUGAUGCAAUAAUGAAAGACGUUGAAAACAUAAUUAUGCCAGGAGUAACUCAUUGGCAACAUCCAAGAUUUCACGCUUAUUUUCCCUCUGGUAAUUCAUUUCCUUCAAUUUUAGCAGACAUGCUAUCUGAUUCCAUAGCAUGUAUAGGUUUUUCAUGGGCCGCAAGUCCUUCGUGUACAGAAUUGGAAACUAUAGUUUUAGAUUGGCUCGGUAAAGCCAUAGGAUUACCAGAAGAGUUUUUAACAUUUUCAGAAGAAGCAUCAAACACUAUUGAUUCUGUGAGAAAUGAUGAUAGUGAAACCGAAAUACAUAACGGUAAAGGUGGUGGGGUACUUCAGAGUUCAGCGAGUGAGUGCAUAUUUGUUUGUAUGCUAGCAGCUCGAGCUCAAGCAAUUAAACGAUUACGGAAACUUCACCCGUUUGUUGAAGAAGGUGUGCUUCUAUCCAAACUGAUGGCUUACUGUUCUAAAGAAUCGCACUCGUGCGUAGAAAAAGGCGCUAUGAUGGCAUUUGUUAAAUUACGUAUCCUCGAACCUGAUGAAAAUAAUAGUUUGAGAGGGGCUACGUUAAGACAAGUGAUGGAACAAGACGAGGCAAUGGGAUUGAUACCAUUUUUUGUAUCUACUACAUUAGGAACAACGUCGUGUUGUUCAUUUGACAAUAUACCAGAAAUUGGUCAAGUAUGUCAGCAGUUUGAAACCGUUUGGUUACACGUUGAUGCUGCUUAUGCUGGAAGUGCAUUCAUUUGUCCGGAGUUUCGAUCUUUAAUGAAUGGUGUACAAUACGCAGAUUCUUUUAAUCUCAACACAAACAAGUGGUUGUUAACAAAUUUUGAUUGUUCAUGCCUUUGGGUAAAAGAUCGGUUUAAAUUAACUUGUGCUUUGGUGGUCGAUCCUCUCUAUUUACAACAUGGUUAUGCUGGUGCUGUAGAUUAUAGACACUGGGGUAUACCAUUGAGUAGACGUUUCAGAUCGCUGAAGCUUUGGUUUGUGCUGCGCACAUAUGGAAUUUCUGGACUUCAGAAGUAUAUUAGACACCAUUGUCAACUAGCAAAACGUUUUGAAAGAUUGGUCAGAAGUGAUAAUAAGUAUGAAGUUUUAAAUGAUGUAAAGAUGGGGUUAGUUUGUUUUCGUUUGAAAGACGAUCCGACCAAUAAACUUAAUAAAAAGCUCUUAGAAACCAUUAACGAAUCAGGAAAACUUCACAUGGUGCCAUCGUUAGUACACGACAAGUAUGUCAUCAGGUUUUGUGUAGUGGCAGAACAUGCUACAGAAGAUGAUAUUGAUUACGCUUGGAAAAUUAUUAAGGAAACGGCAGUAACAGUUUUGUACAAUGAACAAGAACUCACAGAAAAACGAGAAGAGCAAGUGGAUGAAGUAUUUGAAUUAUCAGAACGUAAGAAGAAAGAUGAUUUGGCCUAUAGGAGAUCAUUCUUUGUACGAAUGGUUAGUGAUCCAAAAAUAUAUAAUCCAAUAAUUGCUCGAUCAUCCCCUGGAUCCCGCAGACAUACUCAUUUAAGUUCAAUGGAUGAUGAUAUCCAUGAUCCAUUAUCCACUUCUACAAGUGAUACAGAAGACACAAUGACACAACCAGCGAGUUCAUGGAUAAGUUGGCCAUUAGCAUUCUUAUUUCAAGGAGUGUUUGAUGAUAAAGAAGGCAGUAAUGAUGUUCCUGUAAGAUUUAGACACUUGGCAACCAAAAUGCACUUUAAAUCAAAAAGCAAAUCACCAGAACACUUGGUCACAGAAGAAAACAAAUCACGACGUAAUUCUCCAGUAUUUCCAAGAAAAUCUAGUUAUGUUAAAACUGAAAACGAAAGUAACAUGCAAAAAUAAAAACUGACCAAAAUAUAGAAAUAAUUUUUGCUUCUGUUAUUUUUCUAGCUUGUUCAUAAUUAUAAUUAUUAUAAGUUCAUGACCUCGAAAGCACAAAAUAAAUCUAGAUGCUUAUAUUCAAAAGAUUUACUGUUUAGCUAAUUUUUGUAAAUGAUUAAAAUUAGGAUAAAAAUAAUGAAAUACAUUUGAGGAAAAUGGCUAAGCUUACAAAUAUAUUGACUUAAUUGGUUUAGGAUAAAUGGUCGGUCAAAUUCAGAAUUAAGACCAAUCAAAAAAAUUAUUAUCUAUAGGUGGUAUCAAUUAAUAAUUAAAAAUAUUGAUUUCUAAUAGAUAAUUUAAUAUUAUAAGAUAAAAUUGUAUUAAGUAUAUAAUUGUUAAUAAUUGAUGGUUAUUAUUUAAAAAUAAAAAUAAUCUAUUGUAAGAGGGAAAUUUAUUGUCCCUAUUAAAUUUGUUAUGUUACUCACAAACAACAGUAACUAUGAGGAGGGAGGGUACAGCGGUCUAGACCCCUAAUUAUCUUUAAAAAGUAGAAAUAUGUAGUUUUUUUUUAAGUGCCUAUCAGUUAAUUGAAUAUUUAUAAACUGCUUUUAUAUACAAUAAAAGAAUUUUAUAAAGAAAUAAUACAAUGGCAUUGAUAAUACUAACAAUAACAAAUAAUAGAAUUAAAUGUUUUUAAAAUAAAUGUAUACUUUUUCUACAUAUAUAUUGCAUGGUAUUAAACAUAUACUAAUAUAUUAUAUAAUAAUAUAAUCUAAAAAAUUAUAGGGUACCUAUUAGGCCAAAUAGUAAUAGUAAUAUUAACUUAAAAAAUAAAAAAUCUUUUUUUGUUAGCAUUUAAUCAUAAUUUUUAAAAAAAAAAACAGCCAUUGAAUAAUGAUUAUUAUUUCUAGUCACAUAAGGUGAUAUGGACACAUUUCAACUAAAUAUAACAUAUUGAUAUUCUUAAAUCUUAAGUAUCUAUAAUCUAUUCAUAAAAUAUUAUUCUAUUUGUUGACUUUUCCAUAAGAUAAAAAUAAUAAUCGUAAUUGAGGUCAUGACAUUAAAACUUAUAUAAUUUAAUUUCUGAUUAAUUGACAUGCUUCCUGUAUGAACAAAAUAAAUUAUUUGUGUUGAAUUAUAAAAUGUAGUUUUUUUUUCAAAUUCUAUAUUUAAUACCUACUUACUUAUGUGAAUAAUAUGAUAAUAUUGUAAACAUUGCUACCCAAUCAAUGUACUUUUGGAACAUGCUGUUAUUAUUAUCCAAUUAUCUAUUACAGUGGCGUAGCCAUGAAUUUUG